CUGAGAGGAGAGAGAGACAGAAAGGGAGACUGGGAGAGAGGUGGAUAGAGAGGCGAGUGAUAUACUGGCACAGUCUGUACUGCAUUGCAUUGGCACUGGCUUGGAAAGCAAACAGAACAGAAAAGAGAGAAAGAGUUUUUCUGGUGAUCCUGGAACAACUGCAACACUGCACUGAAGGAGGAGGGAGGGCAAGUGGGAGGAGAGAAAGAGAAUGAGGGAGAGAAAGGAAAGACAGAAAUAGUCACACACAGAAGCGCAAAACAGACUGUCAAGGAAUAUCUGUCAAGGAAUAAUUUUCCUUCCCGUUGACUCACUCUAUAAUCUUCCUCCUCCAGCAUGCCUUUGUUCUUCCUUCUCUUUUUUAUCUCAACUUGAACUAUUCAUGCAUUACAUUUUGAAUGCAUCUUUCUCCUCUCCCUGACUUUCUCUCACUAUCUCUCUUUCUCCAUCUCUCUCUCUCUGUCUUCCUCCCUCCCUUCUCCUCACCACCUGUUAGUCUUGAUUCUCUCUUCACCGGAAUUUCCAGUUUUUUGGGGGGAGUUUCACACUCACGCUAUUACUAAGCCCUAUGACUGUGCGAAAGGGAAACAAGCGCCUGACCAUCUCCAUCCAGGAACACAUGGCCAUUGAUGUCUGUCCCGGGCCAAUCCGCCCCAUACGACAGAUCUCUGCCUACUUUCCCCGCCUCUCGCCCACUUCCUCCGUCUCUGAGUUGAAUCCAGCCAAUCCAUCUGGGUUUACCUCCACGCUCAGCCCCAGCAGCGGAGGAGGGGCAGUAGGGGGAGGAGGAGGGGGCGGCGGUGGUCUGUUGUCCCCACUGUUGGCAGGGGCAACAGGAGACGGCGAAGGGGGCACGUUGUCGGCCAUGAGUAGCAUGGACGCAUCAAUCGAGAUUGACAGCUGUGACAGCGAUGACAGCACCGCCUUGGGGACAUUGGAGUUUGACCUGCUGUAUGAGCGAGCCACCAGCUCCUUACACUGCACCGUAAUCAAAGCCAAGGGUCUGAAGCCAAUGGAUUUCAAUGGCCUGGCCGAUCCUUACGUCAAGCUGCACCUGCUCCCAGGAGCCUGCAAGGCGAACAAACUGAAGACCAAGAUCGUGCACAACACCCUGAACCCUGUGUGGAAUGAAAGACUCACCUACCUGGGCAUCACAGAGGAUGACAUGUACAGAAAGACACUCAGGGUGUCUGUGUGUGACGAGGACAAGCUGACGCAUAACGAGUUCAUCGGAGAGUCACGGGUGGCCCUGCGCCGCGUGAAGCCCGACCAAACCAAGCGCUUCAACAUUUGUUUGGAACACCCACCGCCUCUUCCCUCCCCUUCUGCAAUGAGCGCGGCACUGAGAGGCAUUUCCUGCUACCUGAGAGAGUGGGAGAGUGAACAGCAUAGGAGUCUGGAGGAGAGGGGUCGUCUGCUGCUCUGCCUGCAGUUCCUCCCCACGUCCAGUGUGGUCGAUAAGGCCACGGAGAGGGCCCAGGGAGGGCUUUGUGUGGGUGUGCGACGCUGCGCCCACCUAGCCGCCAUGGACGUCAACGGAUUCUCGGACCCCUAUGUCAAAACGUACCUCAAGCCAGACCUGCAGAAGAAAUCCAAGCAUAAAACAGCCGUCAUAAAAAAGACUCUUAACCCUGAAUUUAAUGAGGAGUUCUUCUAUGAGAUCUCCUUCACGGAGCUGUCCACCAAAACCCUGGAGGUCACCGUCUGGGACUACGACCUAGGGAAAUCCAACGAUUUUAUUGGAGGCGUGUCCUUAGGCUGUCACUCACAAGGAGAAACUCUCCAGCAUUGGAUAGACUGUCUGAAGAACAAGGGCACAAAGGUGGAGCGAUGGCACACGUUGACCAAUGAGCUGCCUGGAUCCACAUUCCAUGAAUGAAAAGGGGCCAAUAAUAAUAUCUCACCACUGUACUGUUUUUGGCCAAAAUGUUUGGCUAAAUUGGGAUUAUGGAUGAAAAGGUAUUCAUCAUUGCAUGUUAUGAAGAUGUAUUCUGCAUGACUUGAACAUUUGAGUUCAGAAAGAAAUGGUAGGGGUGUGGGGUUAGUUGAGCCAAAGGGGUAAAUUAAGGCAUCCUAAGAAGCCAUACACAACAUUUAUAAUUUGGCCAAAUACUUAGGAAGCGGUCAUCAUUUCAUGGAGUCUGUGAAGAAGGGUUUCCUAAACUCGGUCCUCAGGACCCCAAGCGGUGCACUUUUUCUUUUAUUCCCUAGCACUACACAGCUGAUUCAAAUAAUCAACUAAUCAUCAAGCUUUGAUCAUUUUAAUUAGCUGUGUAGUGUUGAGGCAAAAAAAAUUAAACGUGCACCCCUUGGGGUCCCGAGGACCGAAUUUGGGAAACGCUGCUGUGAAGGAAGAAACCCGGAAAAAGUGGGACGCAAGUCAGUUCCCAAAAAAUGAUUUUCACCAAGUCAAAUUAAUAUGUGUUAGAGGUUUCAUGGCGCUUGUAUUUUAACCAAAGUAGAUCAUUUUAAGAUUGUUCUAUACAUCAGUUGGGGUCUUUAUGAGCUUCAAUAUGAGGUCCUAAACCUAGCAUGAAGUUCAUCCUUGUAGCUGUGUGGGCUAAUAUAGUCAAAGUGUUUGCAUUUUGGGUAAGUUGAGCCAAUGGCAAUGUGGUAAGUGUUUUCUUCCCAGGCAUAAUGCAAGGCAUUAUCGCUGGGACAUGAGGUAAUAACAGGGCAUGGCCUAGGUUAAAAAUGCUUAAAAUGAUACAGACAAAAAGUGAUUGUGAUUGUGUUGAAUUGUGUUUGGAAAAUAAAGAUAGACAUGGUUUUAAAAAGAUAGUGGUAAUAUUUCAUUCAGUACAGAAAUGUGUAGCCAAGUUUGUCCCGCAGCUCAACUUACCCCAUACCCAAUGUAAGUUGUGCCAAGAGAUCACUUUUUUGGGACAAACUAGGCUUUCAAUAUUUAAUGUUUAAUAUUUAUAUUUAAUAUCUACACAACAUCCUGAAAUAUAUAUAGAUAUCUUUGUUAGAAAGAAUACUAUACUGUAUGUCCCUUGAUGGAAUGAGGCUGAAUGUUAAAAAUGGCUCAACUUACACCACACUCCCCUAAGUAGAGAAUAUUUCCUAUACUUAGGCAAUACAUAAUUAUCUUUUACGUUACAGAGGGCCAUAUCCAUUCUGUAUAUUUAAUUUUGCGCUCAGUGUUCAGAAACAUAGCUCCCUAGGCUACUAAAUAGACCUCCUGUGAAAAAGGGAAAUCAUGUAAAUCGUGUCUAAGGAAGAGAAAAAAAUGAAUUAUUUUGUCAAUUUACUCCUCAUUAUUCAUACUGUUUCGUUUGUUAAUUCUUCUAAAAUUAGAUUUCGUUCUUUCAUUAACUUCUGAUUCAUCCUGACCUGGAAAAUAUCCCCCUGUAUAUCGCUUCUCACUGCCUGAAUACCUCUCCCACAGCAAUAACGUCUUGCCUAAUGCUUCCAAAGAAUUCUAAAUGGGUCUUAUUAGUAACAAACAUUUUGUAUCGACUGAUGUAAUUGCCAUUAAAUUAUCUGCAAAUUAUAAUUCAUUUGAUUAAUAGUGCAAAGUAAUAAGACAGUUGGUUCUUUGCAUGUUUGAUGUAAUAAAAAUAAAUGUGACUCUCUGA